UUUGCUUUACGACCUGUCGCUCCUCGUGGCAGCAACGGUAGCCCUGGCAACGACGCCCGGCAACAAACCGUAUCCAAGGAGCAGGAGGAGGCUGCAGCAGCAUCAGCAGCAUCAACAGCGGCCCUGAGGCGCAACUGAGGAGGCCACAGGAAACUUCCAAUGAAAAGGAUGGCAGAUAAUGAAGAGAAUGCUUUAGGGGAAACACUGGGGAAGAAUACAGAAAUCGAUCAAAGCACCGAGCAGACAGAAGCACCCCCAGAAACAACAAAAGAAGAUGAACCAGAGAUCGUAGAAACUCCUGUAGAUGUGGCACUGGAAGAUGGUCAGUCAGCAGUCAUUAUGGAGAAUGAAUUGGAGUCUACAGUUGAUAGCAGUAAAACUGUACCAGAAGGAACAGAGGAAAACGCAGAAAUAACUGAACUAUCUGAGGACAUUACAGUAGGAGAAGAAACAAUUGAAGAAUCUUCUAAAGUGGAUAGUGACAGUCUUAACGACACACAAAAACUUUCUCCUGAAAAGGGAGACAGAUCUCAGACGAAUGGGCAACCUUACCAGAAUGAUCCCACUGAAGAGGAAUCAGAAGAUUUAAGUGAAAUUGAAAACCAAAGUAUAAGAGUACAAGAAAGUCUUAAUAUAGGAGAAUUUCUCUAUGAAGCAAGACGAGAAGAAAGAAAAUCUUUACUUCCGAUUGAAAAAAAAAUGGAAUCCCCAGCUGAUCAAUCAAAUAUCUCGUUGGUGACCUCUUCUACGCAGGAGUCUUUAUUUGAAGAGAAGGAUGAAAAAAUCAAAACAUAUCCUCUGAAUUUGGCUUGGGCAUUUGGAUGGAAUAGUACUUCCCCCAUUUACAAUCUCCAUGACGAAGAUCAGAGAGUGCUGCUCUAUGCCUGUUCUCACACGGUUGUGAUACAUGACAUUUUCAAGAAUUGCCAGCACCAUCUUCAGGGCCACUGUAGUGUUAUUUCUUGUCUUUGUGUGAGCGAAGAUAGAAGGUGGAUCGCAACAGCUGACAAAGGACCUGAAAGUUUAGUGAUUGUCUGGGACUCUUAUUCAGGCAUUCCUGUGCAUACCAUUUUUGAUAGCCAUCCAGAAGGCAGUGGGGUUGCAGCUAUAGCAAUUUCACAUGAUGCCAAGUAUCUGGUAACAGUUGGUGCUGCUGAUGUGCAGAGAGUUUGUAUUUGGAAGUGGACUUCUGACACAAAUAUACCUGUGAGCAGUGCUGAACUCCUACCAAAGUUUGGUUUUCAGAGUUAUAUUAUUUUUAAUCCAAGGAAUAAUAAGGAAUUAGUGAGCAACAGUCAGAUCCAAGCAAUAUUUUAUGUGUGGGAGGAAGACAAUAACAAAUUGGAAUAUAGUGCACCAUGUUUAACUGAGAAAACGUUCAACAAGAUUGUGGGGAAAAUUAGUCAGUCCAUCUUUCAUUUUAAUUCGCCACAACUGCUUUCUGCGACAAUGGAAGGAAAGCUGGUUGUCUGGGAUGCCCUCUCUCCUCCAAUUUCUUCCUUGAAACCCGUAAAACCGCAUAAUAUCAAAGCUAUUAAACUGAUUCAGUUGCAGACAGAUGGCAUAACUGUGCUUACUAGAGUCGAUGGAUAUGUUGUAACGGGUGAUAUUAGAGGUCAUAUUAAGUUCUAUGAUAGCCAGCUGCAACUCGUAAACUGGUACAGCCAUUUCAAACUGAGUCCUAUAAAGAUGCUGUCUUUUUCGAAGAACCCUCCGCUUCCUCCUACCAAUAAAUCCAACUACCCUACAGAUUGUUCCCUUCAUGGUCAAUUUUUCGUUGUCAGAAAUUUUAUCAUUGCCACAUCUGAUGCCAAAGUGCUCCAUUUGACGACAGACGGGACCAAACUUGAGAAGUUGCUCUUGGAACCCAAUGAUGCCAUUUAUGCCAUCACGUGCCACCCGUAUCAGCCCCUCAUUGCUGUCGGAAGCCUCUGUGGGCUGCUCAAAGUGUGGAACUACAGGGAAAGAAAGUACCUUGUCAGCAGGAUCUUUGAGAAGGGUAUUCGGUCCCUGGCGUACAAUUCUGAAGGGUCCCUAAUAGGGGCUGGAUUCAUCGAUGGGACUGUUUACAUUCUUGACGCGCUGUCAUUAGAAAAUGAAAUUCCCGAGCCUUUCAGAUAUUCUAAAAGUGCUGUGACCCUUACCGGCUUUUCCCAUGACUCUCAGUAUUUUGCAACAGCUGAUGCAAGCUUCUCUGUGGCCGUUUACAAGCUGAUGGUCAGGAAUGGACAAAAGGUCUGGGAAUAUUUAGCAAGGCUUCGUUCUCACCACAAGACCAUCCAAACUAUAUUGUUUGGCGUAAAGCUGGACAGCAACGAACCCAGGCUCUUAAGCCUCGGAAACGACAGGCUGUUGAUUGAGUACGACCUCUUCCACAGUACUAAGGACUGCCUGGAAAUACUAAGCAUGGAUCGCACUGAUCAGGGGGCCCUCCCCAAAUAUAUGGUCUGGUACCCACCUAUCACCAAAGAAUCAUUCUUUCUCAUUUGCAACAGUGUGAACAAGCUGAAACUUUUUAAUUCCACCACUAUAAUGUGCAGGAAGACACUUCUUGGGCCGGCAUAUGGUUCCCCCAUUGAGCAGAUGCAAAUCCUCCCAGUCCUGACCACUGAUGACUUACAGAAACGAUAUUUGGUAUUUAUUAACAAAGACAAGGUUGGGUUGCAGAUUCUACCCAUUGAUGGCAAUCCCCACAAGACCACUGCUAUUAUUUGCCAUCCCGAUGGUGUCACCAACCUGACCCUUUCUUAUGACGGAUGCUAUGCUUUCACCGCUGGAGGGAGUGACCGGAGUGUGCUGCAGUGGGAAAUUAAUUUAAAUGCUCUGGAGGCAGCUGUUUCUCUGGGGGGUGACGAUUUGAUCCCUUUCUAUAAUCAAUUGGAUGGUGGCAGAGAAGGAGAAUUCUACCGGGAACUGGAAGACUAUUUUUAUUAUUCUCAGCUCCGUAGUCAGGGUAUUGAUACAAUGGAGACCAGACAGAUGUCAACACAUAUUCCCUUGACAGAGCUUCCUUUUAUAAUGAGAGCAAUUGGCUUCUAUCCUUCAGAAGAGAUGAUUGAGAAUAUGAUGAAUGAAAUCAAAUUCAGUAAUUACGUAGACACCGGAAAGCUAGUUACUGAAAUCAGCUUACCAGAUUUUAUAAAAGUAUACAUAAAUCAUCGGCCAGCUUUUGGUCAAACAAUGAGUGGCAUAAGAAAUUCUUUCCAAGUUCUUGGUUAUACCAAUAAGAAGGGAGAAAAAGCUAUUAAGAGAGACGACUUCCUGAAACUGCUGCAAACUAAAGGUGAACAUAUGACUGAAGAGGAACUCUCAGAGUGCUUUGCCACUCUGUUUGGCCUCAAUCCAGAAGGUUGGGGAUCGGAACCUGAGACUUUCAAUAUGCAAGGUCCAAAACUUUUCCUUGAACAAGAACUUCCUGAGGAAAUCACUGCAGAAAUAUUCACUGCCGAAAUCCUUGGUUUAUCUAUUCCUGAAGAAGAUCCCAUGGUACCUGAAGGGCAGGGAUGGUAGAAUUAUAAAAAAUGUUCAAUUUUCCCACUUUCCCUCCCUACGCAACUCCCAUAGAACUGUUCUACCAUUAAAGAAAAAUUCCUGUGAA